GCACUAAAAUCUUGUUCCUCAAACCAACCACGUCGACUGCAAUCACCGCUUGUACCUACCCGUGAGAAACAGGACGAUUUACACUACCGAACCUUAAGGAACGAUCAAACAGAUGAGGGUCUUCCAGCAACUCAGUUCCAAUCUCCUCCACCGAUUUCGUCUCAACGUCAAAACUUUCCAUCACCUGUUCCUAGGGCGUUCCCUGGCACCGAUCCCCCCCAGAAGGAGUUUGAUCCGUCCUCCCCGGUACGCCACUACUUCCCUGGUGAGCAGUUUCCCAUGCCCAAUCGGAGUGCUGGAGAAUAUUUAAAAGAGCAGAAUGGAAUUGACUCAUUUUUGAAUCAGCAGCAGCAGCAGCAGCAGCAACAACAACAACAACAGCCAAAACCGAAAACUGUUAGGUGGUCCUCGGAACCAGCAUCCCAUCAUCCAGAUGGAAUGCAAAGGCUCGUCAGCAAUCUGGACAAUGUUAAAGCCGAUCUCGUCAUCGCCGCCUCGAGAUGCUCGGUUAUUUUACGAGUCCACCAACCUGACCGGACCACAAAGGCGAUAUACGUGCAGUCGCGGACUGAUGCCGGUGAGGUGGUUCUUAUGCUGGCUGCGAAAAACUUUCUUCCUCUGAGCACCAAAAUGGCCCUUGUCGAAAAGGUUCCUUCUAUGAAGCUUGAGAGGUGCUUUGAAGACGAUGAGCCUGUGCGGGAUUGUAUUCUCAGUUGGCCUGUUAACAGUGAAAAUCUUAUUUUCUUUGAGGAGCGUCACGAUCUCUUCGGCUUAUUCGAGGACCCGCAGACUUGGCUUGGGUCUACGCUGGUGGGGGAAUCCGCGCAAAUGAAAAAUUCGCUUCUGAUAGAUAUCCUUGAGAAGGAUGGCGCCAACAGACUUCCGCCUUUCAAAGAUUAUUUGUACAUUUUACAACCCAGCAACAAGUGGAAAAGGCGGUACUGCGUUCUCCGCAGUUCCGGUCUCUACGCUUCAAAAAAGCAGGGUUCUGAUGUAUCAGAAUUGGUAAGAAUCACGGCUUUUGGAGAGCACUUGCAUCUCUACACGACAAGUGGCGGUUGGCGCAAGGACAACACACCAACACCCUACGGGUUCGUUCUCAAGGUGGGCCCUCGACUAUUACAAAACUAUCGUCAACGGUUGGCGGCAUGCGCGUUGAAUUAUCAACUGCCUAAUGAUUGUGCGACUGGUGAUGAAGACGGAUUAGGAUCUCUGGGAGGAACGGAUGAGGAAGCGUCGGCGAACCAAUUGGCAGAACUGGUGCGCCAAAAGUAUGCGCGGGAAAGCAACGUCUACUCGGGCGCGGGGGUACGCGAGAGCGCUCGACAGUACGCUAAACUGCCCGCCAUUGCUCGAGCCCGCUCUGUUUCGCAGAUCCAAGCACACAUCGCCACUCACCAAGGUAGUCUCAACUGCAGUCAAUUCUCCCUCGGCCCAGCUGACAGGCUUGGCGCCAGUGUAGGCGACCUCGGCUUCGUCUCAGGAAGAACUGAUGUAGGGAGAACAUCGAGCAUGAGUGAACUAUGUGCUGAAGAGCGCAAAGCUACAACCUCCAGCACUCAGAGUCUGAACGCGAGCCAGCGUUUGACCUGCCUACUCAACCCGCUGCGGUGGUCUCGCCGAAAUGUCAACGAGGCGACGACACCACAGCCGAUGCGUCGAAGCACCACUCGAAAGGGACCCUCUGCUCGAAAGUGCAAUCGGUCCAGCAGCAGCCUCCAUCGGCCUCCAUCCAUAUCGCCCUCCUCCUCCGUCUUCUUCCUACCACAUGCUGAAGACUCAAGUGCUCGCAACUCUGCUGCUGUGGAAGAAGAGCAGCUGAAUCCAUCAAGUCAGCGACAACAGCAGCUACAAUUGCAACAGCCACAACUACAGCAGCAGCCCACUUUAAUGUGUUUGAACCAGCGGAGACAGACUACAGCGCCACAGACGCCUCGGUCGCCACGACGCUUUGGUCCAUUUAUAGGCAUUCGACCACAACUCCUCCCCUCCCAACCCUCACCUGUGGCUCUUUGA